CUUGGAAUUCCCGGCCCACACUGGCAGAAUCUCAAGUAAGCAGCUUGCGGCGCGUUACCGCCUUUUAUAAACAAAUCAACACAACUGCCCCUCGAUCCGGCUUCCCCUCCAACACCAGUGUCAACACACAUUGACCCAUCAAAAGUCACCAUGGUCUACACAAUCGUUGUCCACAUGCGCGCCAAGCCCGACGAGGAGAGCAUCUCCAAGCUGGCCGCAAAGCUCCAGGAGGCAUCCGCCGUGUACUCCAAGGACAAGGAGACUCUGUCCUGGUUCGUGAUGCAGUCGGUCCACGAUAAGCAAGACUUCACCAUCGUCGAGCGCUACCUGAACGAGGGGUCCCAGAAGUAUCACCUGGAGAACCCGUACUGGAAGACCUUCGACCCCUAUGUGAUUCCGCUGCUGGAGAAGCCGAUGGAUCUGCGACGCUUUGAGGAGAUGGAGCCGUCUGCUUAGGCUGAGGUGAUGAUCAACUUCAGCGUAUCCGGUUGGAGGACGGAUGAUAGCUGGGCUAUGUUAGUUGGAGGUUGUUGGCUUUUGUGUAUAUAAUGAGGAGUCUCUAUGCUGCAUAUCUCAUGCGCAGCUGAUCAACUUGCGCACAAAACCAAUACCAACACAUGCAAUUCAUGGACUAAAACGGAUAUUACCUGGC